AAGCUCGUUUUUACGCAUGAGUUUAGCUAGCCAACGUCGCCAUGAAGUCGUCUACAAAUGUGAUCAGGAAUUUUUAUUUGAGAAGCUGUUUUAGUCGUUUUAGCCCACUUUACUAGUUGCCUAUCUUGGUACUGCUCGUAAAGUGAGCAUGUGCAUUUAUUCUUCCAGCCCUACAGGUGGCAAUGUGCGACGGUGGUCUACAAUCUCAGCUAUGUAAUGAAAUCCGGCUUCGCAUUUUCCAGGUUUCCACUGAAGGGGGAUUCUUCAUUGAAGUGAACACAUAGGCAAUUGAUAAGUUGUGAAGGCACAGGGAAAGGAAACAGCCAGCCCGAAAGAAAUUAGCUUUUACAUUAAGGAUUUCCUCAGUUAAUUUGCGUAAACGCUUCAUUGUAGCUAAAGUGGUUGAGUUAUUCGGCGUGUUCGCAACGCCAGGUGUUAGACCAGAAUUGGUGGGUGGAAAAUGCCAUCUUUUUUAUGGAGGUAGGAACAUAUUAUGCUGAUGCCUCUAACCGUUCAUUUGGAAUUGCAUUCAUUUUAAACCCAAAGCUUUGGUCUGGCCUGGUGCUGAUCCUCCUCCCGUCUACGCUGGCGGCUGACAAAGAGUCUUCGUUGCUACAGGACUGGCACGACGUGUGGCUGUUCCGCUUCUUCCUCAACGUGCUGGGCUACGCUACCAUCAUCAUACCUGGCUACUUUCUCAUCGGCUACUUCAAGAGGAUCAACUACCUCGAAACAGGUCGUGGCAUUUGCUAUCCUGUCAUAAAGGCCUGUGUGUUUGGUAGUGAAUCGAAGACUGGUCUCCUGGACGAUGUUUCCAUAGCUCCGAGAAAUGACGCUGACUCUGGCUCGUCAGCCAGACAAGCCUUCAAGUUAGUCUUCUGCGCUGCGGGACUUCAGACAUCUUACCUGACAUGGGGUGUCCUACAGGAGAGGGUGAUGACACGCUCGUACGGGGCCUCCAACCCUGAGGAGGAGGGCGAGCGCUUCAAGGACUCCCAGUUCCUGGUGUUCAUGAACCGCAUCCUGGCGCUGACUGUGUCUGGCCUGUGGUGUCUCCUGUUCAAGCAGCCUCGCCACGGUGCGCCCAUGUAUAAAUACUCGUUCGCCUCGCUCUCCAACGUCCUCAGCAGCUGGUGCCAGUACGAGGCCCUCAAGUACAUCAGCUUCCCCACCCAGGUGCUGGCUAAGGCCUCUAAAGUGAUCCCCGUCAUGCUAAUGAGUAAGAUUGUGUCGCACAAGAGCUACGAGUACUGGGAGUACCUGACGGCGGCUCUGAUCUCUCUGGGCGUCAGCAUGUUCUUGUUGACAAGCACGACCGGUAAGCACCCGUCUACGGUCACAACGUUCAGCGGCGUGGUCAUCUUGGUCGGCUACAUCGUCUUCGACAGCUUCACGUCCAACUGGCAGGACAACCUGUUCAAGUGCAAGAUGUCGUCGGUACAGAUGAUGUUCGGCGUCAACCUCUUCUCCUGCCUCUUCACCGUGGGCUCGCUGCUGGAGCAGGGCGCCUUCUUUGACUCGCUGGCCUUCAUGACGCGACAUUCGGAGUUUGCAUUCCAUGCCGUGCUGUUGUCGGUGUGCUCAGCAUGCGGCCAGCUCUUCAUCUUCUACACCAUCGCACAGUUCGGCGCCGCCAUCUUCACCAUCAUCAUGACCCUUCGGCAGGCCAUCGCCAUCCUGCUCUCCUGUUUCCUGUAUGGCCACGCCGUCACAAUGGUGGGUGGCUUCGGCAUGGUCGUGGUCUUCCUCGCCCUCUUCCUGCGCGUCUACGCCCGCAUCCGCAUGAAGGCAGGACGCAGGGCGCCGCAGCCACAGGUGCAGAAGGUCUAGGAGGAGGAGUCUGAGGAGGGAACUGGAAAAACAAAAACUAAAGCCACGUUUUCGUUGUUUUUUUUUCUGUCUCUGUGUGUCCCGUUUGACUUUUUGUGUUCGUUUAAUGGGUUUCUACUUUGUAUAGGAAAGGUACAGAAAUGGAUUCUAAUUCCUUUUUAAAGGUGUUUGACUUGACACGCACCGAGCCGUCGUCACACAGGUCAAUUAGUCUCGAAAACCCAACCCUAGGCAACACAGUGACUAGGGUCUGGUUUCAAUGAUGGACUCUUGUCAUAGAGGAACUAUGUUACUGCCUAAGUCACUACUUUAUCUGCUUGAAUAAAAUACAAAAUGCAAAAUGAUCACGGAGGUUAUUUUUAAUGAGUGAAUUACGCAAGUGGAUAGUUUGUAUCAACUACCUUAACUAAAACCACUGCAAAGUUAUUGCCUGCAAAAUCACGACGUUCUGUUAUAUCUGCCUCUUGAUUUGUUGGGAGAGUCCCCAGAAUGUAUAUUUUACCCUUAUCGACGUAGGCAGUGACGUAGAUUCUCUAUGCCAAAAGAGUCGGUCAUUAAAUUCAGACCUUAGUCACUGUGUUGCCUAGGGUCAGGUUUCAAGGAUACAGGUCAAUGGGAGUGAUUCGGUUGGACCAAUCAGCAGUCACGGCCGUUUAAGUGUCUAUGACCCCAAAAUUACACAGCAAUCGUCGCUUGUACGUUUUGUCUGUCAAACCCAGCUCAAAGCAUGCAACAUUGGCAUGUGAAAUGUAAACAACUAAUUAAAUGGCUAUUGAUUUCAGCCUUUGUGAUAUGCUUCUGGAGCUGCAGUCAAAGAACAAAAAUCUGAUGUUUGCCGUGUAGUUUUGGGGUAAUCACUAGUACAUGAGCUGUAUACUGCAAACCUUCAGCUAUGGGUAAUGUAAUAUUGUGAAUGGCGCCAUAUUAAGCUCAUAAGACCUCUAUGAAAAGAGGACAUGAGAUACUAUGGUGAGCAGGCCCCAAGUAAGGUCCCAUUUUGGAUAAUCUCUGUAGAUACUGCAUCAAUUUUGUUUAAAACUAAUAAUUGCAUUGUUGUACAUUUUGGACAUGGCAUGAGAGAAAUCUUUGUAAUCUUUACCAGUUCAUGAUCAGGUAAUGCUGCUUGAGAAUAUUUUAUUUGUUUCAUAUAAAGAAGCAGGUAUGGUAGAGGUCUCACUUUUGGCAUUAUUCUGACUUGAGAUCUAUGUGCUUAACUAAAAAAUGUCAGAAGAAGUCUACCAUUGAGAUCAAGGAAGGAUUUACACGAACGUCCAGGUUGUGCCAGAAGGAUCUCAAGUCAAAUUACUGCCCUUUCAGAUCAUACGAAAAGCAUAGUUCAUACAUCUUUAGUUGACUGAUGUGUUGUUCCUCAUGGCUUACCAUAGUGUAUGAUGAGGAAAGUUACUGAGUGACCCCACAGAAAAUGUUUUACUAUUUUCCUAACAACCUCACAAGAAUAAAUGCACAGCUUACCAGCAGACCAUCAAAAAUAACUUUGCAGAAGUUACUAUGUUCUAUUUUAUAUGGAGUGAGGGGAGGGAGAGAGAUUUCAAGCAGCAUUCAAGAUGCCCAUCUUAUUUUUUGAAUAGGACGCACUUACGUUAGGUCAGGUAAAAGACAAUUAACUGUCAAAUGCCAGCAAGAGUUGCAACCAGGCGGAAUGACUCGAACUUCAGCUCUUGGAACAAACAGCCUGCACAUUUUUUGUUCUCUUGUUUUGUUGGUGUAGGAUUCAACUAGGCAAACCAUAUUAUUGAAGUAUUUCAUUUGGAUAAAUGGCAUACAUUUUCAUACUGUAUGUUAGUUUAAGUAUGGUGACAUUCAUUUAGUGGCCUGGCUGACCCAGACAACGUGGAGAAUUUCGUAUUCGCAUUGCCAGGCAAUUCAUUUAGCCCUACGUGUACAGCUUUACAAUCAAACCAAAUACUUGAAUUAUUUGUUACACUAACUUACACUAACAAUCAUUAAUGGAUACACUAUAAAUAAUUUGGAACAGGACAUACAGUACCAGUCAAAAGUUUGGACACACCUACUCAUUCCAGGGUUUUUCUACAUUGUACAAUAAAAGUGAAGACAUCAAAACUAUGAAAUAACACAUUGAAUCAUGUAGUAACCAAAAAAGUGUUAAAUCAAAAUAUAUUUCAUAUUUGAGAUUCUUCAAAGUAGCCACCCUUUGCCUUGAUGACAGCUUUGCACACUCUUGACAUUCUUUCAAGGUUUGAUGUCUUCACUAUUAUUCUACAAUGUUGAAAAUGGUAAAAAUAAAGAAAAACCCUUGAAUGAGUAUGUGUGUACAAACUUUUGACUUGUACUGUAGACCAGUUGUUCUGGUAUUAUUAAAUUGCAAAUGUGAAUUUGUAUUCAAAAGUCAAUAAUCACCCAUAGAGACGACUAAAAGAUUUGACAAACUGCAUUCACAUUUUAUAAAGUUGUACAUUCAAAUUUA